AUGUCUGAAAUUACUGUGACAAUUAAAGCGGCUGGAGAUAAGAAGCAUGAAACGAAAGUCCUAACCACAUCUACAAUUUUACAGCUCAAAGAACAACUAGCAAAGGAAAUGGAUGUUUCCGUGGACAGACAAAGAUUAAUUUAUUCUGGUAAGAUUCUGAAGGAUGGUGAUACUCUUGAAACGUAUAAAAUCAAGAACGGACAUACGAUUCAUCUGGUGAAAGGCGCUGCCAAACAUUCUCCUAAUACGGGAUCUUCUUCAACGAACUCUGAAAGCCAGCAAAAAACAGCAGGUGAAGUUCCGCGGAAUUUGGCAGCUGGACAAAGUGCAUUCGAUCCGUUAGCGGGAUUAACCAGUGCGAGAUAUGCCGGUUAUAAUAUCCCAAUGCCUACGUUGGAAGAUAUGGGAUUAAACUCAGAUGGACAGCAGAUGUUUGAUGAGCAGCAAAUGGAGCGGAUGAUGGAGAACCCAGCAUUUCAAGAAAGCAUGCGAAACAUUCUUUCGGACCCCCAAAUGAUUGAUUACAUGACUCAACAAUCUCCAAGCUUGAGAGCAAUGGGCCCUAUGGCAAGAGAAAUGCUACAGAGUGAUUACGUUCGUAAUAUGUUAACAAAUCCACAGAUGCUCCGGUCUAUGCUGCAGAUGCAAAGAAUGAUGAGUGGUGCUUCCGGUAAUAGCGGGGCCAGAGAUGCAUCUGCCUUUCCUGCCCCAGGAAAUACAACAGGAUCUAACACUGCUAGUGCUGCUACCAGAUCUACUACGGGCAGCAAUGCUGAUGUCAAUACGGGGUCAACUACGAGUGCAAAUGCAAAUAUUAGUAGUUCGGCCAACCCUGCUAAUCCAGCCUUAAAUCCAUUUGCAGCUUUAUUUGGUGCCGCAAGCAGUGCUCAAGCAAAUGCAGCCAACAAAAAUCCAUCGAAUUCCGCAUCUAGUAAUGGUGAAAGUGUCCCUCCUAACCCAUUUACUAAUCCGGAGAUGUGGAAUCUGUUAGGUGCAAUGGCACGUGGUUCAAAUGAGGCAGCACAGACUCGCCCUGCUGACAAUAGGCCACCAGAAGAAAUAUAUCAAACGCAACUCAGACAGUUGAACGAUAUGGGCUUUUUCGACUUUGAUAAAAACGUUAAGGCCUUGAGAAGAAGUGGAGGUUCAGUCCAGGGUGCUAUUGAGGAAUUGUUGAAUGGCUCAGUUUGA